GUUGGGGGGUGGGGGUGGCUGGCGGGGCCUGGGCCGGCAGCAGGACCGGGCCUGCAGCAAGGAUUCCUCCCCACCCACCCCAGCUGGUUGGCCGUUGCCUGCCGGUCGUUGCCGGGUGCGCGAGCGGGGACGGAAGCCUGCAGGGUCUACGCGUGCGGGGGCGCGAGCCGUUGUUCCCCCCCCUCCCGCCAUCGCCACCGCCGCUUGCUGGGGUGCGGGGCGCCGCGCUCGGCUUCCCUUUCUGCCUCUCCCCGCAGACGGCGGCUCCCUAGGCACCGCAGAGGGGCGGGCAGAGGGGAGCGUCCCCGCAUCCAGCGGUUAUGUAAGCCCUGGGCCCGCGAGCCCCCGGCCCUGGCCGCGGAGAGCGGCGGAGCGGCCGCGGGGCCCGGGGCAGUGGCCUCUCGCUGCCUGCCCUCGGGGUUCACCUUGUCAGGCGAAGAACUUGUGGGGGAAAUCGGACGUGCUCGCAGGCCCCGCUGGCACCAGGAGCGCACUUCUGGUUUUCAGUGGAUAUUUCUUAAAAGAGCAUCGCCGUUUCUUUCCGUAGGAGAAGUGGGGAGACAUCCUGAAAUCCUGGAACUGCACUCAAAGGUCUGUGUGCCUGCCAAGGCUUGUUUCAUGUGCUGUGACUCUUCAACUUUGUCUUCACCAAGGUUACUGUAAAUACCAGCAGCUGAAAUUGAUGCGACCUUUUUGAUAAGAAAUGGAGCCCACUGUGCAAGUAUGGUACCAUGAAAAUUUACAGGAGUAUUAUUAAUAAUCUUUGACUUCACCAUGACCUACUGUCAGCCAGUUCUCUUGCAUGAGUGGCACUGGAAAGAGAUCAUGCAGCUUGAAGCUUUAUUCUUCUUGUUGAGACAGUCCAGCUUUUAAUUCCAAAAUAUUCUUGCCAUAGCCUUUGAGAAAACGGGGCAGUACUUGAAGGCUUGACAAAUGCAUCCCAGGUUGAAAAACUGCUGCAUUCCUCCUCCUCUUCCUCCUUUAGAAAAUUGACUUCUUUAAAGAGGUAAGAGAGAAGCAAAAGAAGUAAGAAAAUGCUGGGAUCAGAACGAGGUGUUGUGGAAGAAUGGCUGUCAGAAUUCAAGGCAUUACCUGAAACACAAAUUUCCAGCUAUGCAGCUACAUUGCACCGAAAAAAACCACUGGUACCAGCUCUUUAUAAGGUCAUUCAAGACCCAAAUAAUGAGCUCCUGGAGCCUGUUUGCCACCAGCUCUUUGAACUUUAUCGUAGUUCUGAAGUUCGGCUCAAGAGAUUCACGCUGCAAUUUUUGCCAGAGUUGAUCUGGGUAUAUCUGCGUCUGACUGCCAGCAGGGAUAGGCAGAGUAAUGGUUGCAUUGAAGCAUUGCUGCUGGGCAUUUACAACUUGGAAAUUGCUGACAAAGAUGGAAACAACAAAGUUUUAUCUUUCACCAUCCCUUCAUUAUCUAAACCCUCAAUAUAUCAUGAGCCCUCUACUAUUGGAUCCAUGGCUUUAACUGAAGGAGCUCUAUGUCAGCAUGAUCUCAUCCGGGUAGUUUACAGUGAUCUGCAUCCUCAGAGAGAAACCUUCACAGCACAGAACCGGUUUGAGGUGUUGAGCUUUCUAAUGCUGUGCUACAAUUCUGCUAUUGUCUAUAUGCCUGCCUCUUCUUACCAGUCACUUUGUAGGAUGGGUUCCAGGCUGUGUGUGAGUGGAUUUCCACGGCAGCAUGAGAAAUGCUGGAAAGAACACUGUGGUAGAGUGGUGCUAGACCCUGACUUCAUGGUGCAACUGCUCACAGGUGUCUAUUAUGCCAUAUACAAUGGUCAGUGGGAUCUUGGCCAGGAGGUGUUGGAGGACAUAAUUUACAGAGCACAGCUUGAACUCUACUCACAGCCUCUGCUGGUUGCAAAUGCCAUGAAGAACUCACUGCCCUUUGAUGCUCCUGAUGCAUCGCAAGAAGGCCAGAAGGUACUGAAAGUAGAAGUCACUCCAACAGUGCCGAGGAUUUCUCGGACUGCUAUUACAACAGCUUCUAUCCGUCGUCAUCGCUGGAGGAGAGAAGAUGGCUUUGACUUCUCAAACGAGGCUGACUCAAGCAUACCUGGCUCACCGAUCCAACACGGCUCCACAGACCUAGGGAUCAAACGUGAGCAAGAGGGGGAGGUGCUGAUGCGCAGGACCCCUGAGCAUGGCUUCCCGGAGCCCACCUUGGCAGCAGCCACAACAGAGGAUACUGAAGGUGUAAAUGGAAGAGAAGAAUCUGUGAACCUUAAUGAUGCUGAUGAAGGAUUUUCAUCAGGAGCUUCCCUCAGCAGCCAGCCAGUUGGGACCAAACCUCUAUCAUCUGUAUCCCAGAAGGGCAGCUUAAGGAAAACAGCAAGUGGGCGUUCUGCUAAGGAUAAAGAAACCUCUUCUGCAGCAAAAUCCAAUGAGAGCCCUCGAGAUUCAGUAGCUCGGAAGCAGUACGUGCACCAAUCCACUGACCUUGGUGCAGAUAUAAUUGAGAUGACACCUACUAAGAAACACCUCAGCCUGCCUGCUGGGCAGGUGGUGCCAAAAGCCAACAGUUUGAGCCUGAUCAGGACCGCCAGUGCUUCCUCCAGUAAAUCAUUUGACUAUGUUAAUGGCAGUCAAGCAGGCUCCAGUGUUGGAGCUGGUACAGAGGGUGUUACCAAUCUAGCAGCUGGCAACACCAAUCGGUUUUCAACUAUCAGCCUGCAGGAGGACCGACUAGGCCAAGCUGGGGAAGGUAAAGAUCUCCUUCCACCAGGAGCUCCCCUAACCAAGCAGUCUCGAUCUCCAAGUUUCAAUAUGCAGCUGAUAUCCCAGGUGUAACUUUGACUCCCUUCCUUAGGACUCCCUUUUUCCCCUUAAUCCCCAGGCAAGUUCAUCCUUAGGCAAAACAUGAACCAUCAUCCCGCAGUGUGAAAAUACUGACUGUUGUGAUCUUGUUUGAUUUGGUUUAGCUCUCAUACUGUAUUACUAAAACAGCAAUAAUUCCUCCCUCACCUUCAUCCUCCCCCCACCUUGUAAACAUGGUUGUGAAGCAGUAUAUAAUGUACUGUAUGCCUUUUUCCAUGCCUUCCUUUCUCCUUGGGUGAUGUGCAAUCCAUCGUAGGCUGAUCAGUCCCAUUUCAACACUGUGAGACUGGAGACACUGGCGGAAAUGGUGAAUGUGAUCCCUAUGAGAUGAUGCUUUGGCUUUGUUAAGAAAUAGAAACGGGUUUGUUUUCUCGGUCUACAGUACUGCAAAGACUACUGGAUCAUGACUUUUCUUUCUCAGAACCAGGAGUGCCUCAGAGAUUCUAGUGUGACUUUGGACCUCUCUGAGUCUGUGCAAUCAAUUCUGGGGAGGGGAUUGUCAUUGCUGCUCCUGGCUGCCUACAGCACUUUUUUCAUUAAAAUGAGGGUAGUUUUUUUUCUUGCCUGCCCCCAGUCUCUCAUCCCAGAAGCUUUUGAUGUUCAGCAACUGAGACAUGCAUAUUAACAAGUUGUUUUCCCUCAGAGAGAGAAUUCUAAGUAGAUAAUGUAGGUUACAAUGCACUUCUAAUGGCGUUGUAGCCAUAAGUAAUGUUACAUGUCUUCCCCUCCAGGACACAGGGUCAUUCUGCAUGUAGACUAAAAUUUAGACAACACCAUGCUGUUAAAGCGAUUUGGUUUCUAAGUGGGAGGGAAACACUACUUUCCCAGGAACUAAUGGCUAGCUCUGCUCCAUUUUUGUUGUUGUUGUUCUCGUGAGGUGCUGAUCACUGAAUUGAAAGGUGUAUUCGGGUAAAGAGUAUUUCUCAGGCUGCUUUCUAUGGUAUCAUGGCUGGUGGACGCUCCUGCCCUUCUCAGCUGCUUUCUCAGUGUCCCUGAAUUCAAUCAUGGACUCAUUUGAAGAAUCCUGCAGUCCAGACAGACCAUAAUCUUAAGGGGCUGUCUCAGGGAUGGAGACAGUAGUCUGCUAGAAACACUGAAGCUUCAAUGUGAAAUGCUUUUCUAAAAACAUCAUUUGCAGAAAGGGGUACUGACAGUCCUUCCUUCCCAGAAGGAUCACACUUCAUUGCCUUGGUAUAUAUAAUACGUUGAGGUUUUUUAACUCUUUUAUUUUAGUGGAUUGGCCCUACUCUAGAAAAUUCAGAACUCAUGCCAUUGAGCCAAGCCUUGAAUGUAUAUGACUGGUGUAUGGGCACUGGCUGGUACUUAUGCUAGAGAACACUGCUUAGAAGCACAUUUCUGGUUACACAGGAGAAUGUCUGUUAUUCUUUCUCUAUCUCUUUUUGGAUUGCUAGAGAGAAAAGGGGAAAAUUCAUCCUCUAUGCUUAAGUCAUGUGUGAUAUCCUGGAAGUUUACAAAUAGUAAACCCACAGGAAAGAGGUAUGAUCUUUAUGUGGGCACUUUUGGUUUCACCGUCACUGUGAAGGAUAAACAUAAGCAGUUAUAAAUAGCAGGACUGUCUGUGCAUGAUAGUCUUUAAGAAAUUCAGGACAAUGACAUGGUGUUGCAUUGCUGGUAGAUGGUUUUGUGUUUUGUGUUGGUUUUUUUUUUUCUUUUUAAUGUCUUUAUUUCAAAUACAUUAUUUCAAAUUUACAAAUUAUUUCAAAUUUACAUUAAAAUUCAUUUAAAUAUUUAAAGGUUUUUUGUGGUUUGACGAGUCACGUUGGUAGUCUAGUCUUCAUAUCGUACAUUCAUAAAGUGAAUUAAACAGCAUGUGGACCAAUGCAGAAAUUCAGUUAAAGAAUAAAUGGAAUCAUCAGAAAGAAAAUCUUACAGUUUCUAAAUUGAAGUUAAUCUUUAAUGACCACCAGUCACACACAGAUGGAACUAAGGCAAAGUGGAGAUUAAGCUAUGAGGCAUUUUCUCUAAAAAUGUCAAAAGCUGUAUAUGGUUAAACUCUUCUUUUUUUUUAAUAAAGUUUUGCUAGUGGAGACAACUGGUAAGUCGUGGCUGAAAGUACAAAGUUUAUAUUUUGUAAAGACUAUUAAUAGAGAUUCUAUUAAAGAGCCAUCACUGUAAAUUGAAAAGGACCAAAUAAUUGGCUUAAAUCUUUGGGAAAGAAAAGGUCAGGAGUGUCAGCUAAUUUUUUAAGAAUUACUUUAUUUUAGUAUUUUAAAAAGUAGAGUUGUUCAUUAGCUAGGUUCUCUACUUUCUACAUUUGCCAUUAUAAGCAUUCCCCCAGAAGUUUUAGGACACUUAAAUUGGCAUCAGGCCAAAUUUUAAAACUUUUUUUUUUUUACUUUUUACUUUUUUUACUUUUUUAAAUUAAGUAUUCUUAUGUGUGGGGUCCCACACUGUUAAACUAUUUCAAGAAAGUGAGACAGCUCAGUGACUUCAGAUAGGGAAGUCAAAUGUACGUGCAUAAAUUCAAAUAGGUUAAAACUUCAGUCAAACUACCUUUUAAGAUAUUUUUACAGUUCUCAUUUUGAUCAUGUGCCUUUUGUUAUCAUUUUAUCCGCUGUAUUUUGGUUUGUUUUGGUGUAUAUAUACCUACCCCAUAUAAGGCUUUUUAAAGAGUUAAAAUUUAUCUCUGUAAAAAAAAAAUAUUUUUUUUUUGCUAUGUGCUGAUGUGGUACAUCUAUAACUUCUCAAAAUUACCCUUUUAGCGCGAUGUUUCAGUUGUGGGAGCAUGUUUUGUCAUUUUUCAGACAAGUACUGUUCAACAUCUAUCUUACAAAAUGAGUCAUCCCUAAUAUCUACAAACCAGCUGUAAUAACAGGCUUUGCCAGUGCUGUGUAUCAUGUUUAUCAUUAAUGCUUCUAGAUGUGUCUCAGACUAUGCCAAGGUGCGUUAAGACCAUAGUGAAAUUUUAUACACUGAAGUUCAGUACACUUCAAAGUACUGUGGCAGAAAUAAAAUUAGAAGUGUCUGGGAUAUGGGUUGAAGGAAUAAUCUGCUGGCUUUCUGGUUAUAUAUCCUAAGUACUAAACAAAGUACAAAACAUACUUAAAUUUUCUGACACCUGUGACAAAUAUUUAGACUUAAAUCUCUUUAUCCUGAAUUCAUUCUGCUGUGUCUUGUUUUAGAACAUUUAGUACUUGACAUGAGGCACUAGCUUUAGAUUUCUGCAGUAUUUCAGUGCAACUGCAGCAGUAUAAAAGAAGGUCAAAAAGCAGAACACUACAAUUUUUCCUCGUGCACAUGCAUGCACGUACAUUUAAUUCUUAGGUGAGGAAGUAUGGGUACUAUAUUUUGAUGUAUAUAUACAUUUAAGUUGGGAUAAAUUAAUUAUUCCUUGAUACAAUUUUUACCACAUCACAAUAUGCUGCCAUUUUGCAACUCAUUUUUGUUGAGCUUUAUAAUUUCAAGAAAAUAUAAAAUGUUGGGAUUGCUAACUCCAGCUUGAUCAUCCUUUUCAGGGGUUUAUUGUGAGCAGCUUUUUGGUUGAAUAAUGACCCAUUUUUUCAUACUGCAGGCAGCAAAGUGAUGAAGUAAAAAUACCUAUUAAAAUGAAUGUUGCAAGAUGACAGUUUAAAUUGCUGUAUUAUUCUUUUAGUUUUGAUUUGGAGACUUUGUAUGUCACUGUCCAUUUUAAAUGCAGAUUUCUUUGAACACCCUUUCUGAUGUGAUUUGGAAAAGUUUUUUAACAGCGUACUUCAUUCUGUAAUGCUGAACAUCAUGUUGCAGCCAGUAAGCAUUAGAUCUAGUAUUUAUAGUCUGCAAGGGCGUUGGUCUUAAAUACAACAUUUCCAACAUAAUCCUGCUAGCUUUAACAUAAUUAGAAUUAUCUGUUUUAACAUCAAAAUAGUGAGAAAAAAUGUUUUCUGACAAAGUAUUUAUUUGCACUACUUAUGAAUACUGGAGUUUACUGGGACAGGGUUUUUUCUCACCAUGUGAGGUUUACUUGUGUGUGGGUAGGUACAUACAUUUGUCACGUGUUGACAAUCAAUUGCCUCAACUGUGUGUAUACUGUAUGUAAAUAUGAACAUAUUUUUCAAGAUUAAGGGGGAAACCUGCAUCUUAAUGGUGGUAAAGCUACUCUGUAGUAAGGUGACCCCCAACUCUAACCCCUUUUUGUCUCCAGAUACUGUGGUUUGUUUUACUUCUUUAACGAAGAUUAUUAGUGUUCUUGGAAAAUUUUAGCUCCAGGGAAAUUUCCCUCAAUAUUUAAUGUAUAACAUGUUCAGAGAAAUAUAUUUUGAAAAAUUAAUUUUGGAAUAGAUAAUUCUAUGCUAUGGCUGUAUUUUAACCUAAGAGUAUAAACUUGUCCUGUUUUAUCAUGAA